CGAAUGCCUACUUUCAUAGCCACAAUUUGACGAAGGAUUUAGAAGCACGCACUCUAUCCCCCUUACGUUACACUGAUAAAAAUCAUCACAAUCAGUUGUCUGGUAUUGUGAAGCUUUAGGCUCGUUAGGCGAAAAUCACAUUCUGAAACCCUAAUUGCUAAUACCAGUACAGCUUGACCUAUGCCCCUUCUUCUUCUUUUGGUUUUUUCUUUUUACAGUUGUUCAAGUUAGAUAAUUUUUGUUUUCAGUUGCUCGACUAGACUGUAUUAUUUUCAGGGAAUCGCGUGCCGAUAAUCUGAUUCCGUUCCUGGCGUUGGGUUAAAGAAUCGGACUCGAAAUUGUAUUUGGGGUUGAAAUUACUGUGUAUUAGAUUGCCGAUUUUAAUUUUCAGCCGACGUUUGGAGAUCUCUCGUUGUGAAUUUUUUUGUCUAUUUCACUCUGUAAAAACCGUUUUUUCAAAAGAUUGCGUUUUGACCUGAGGUGUAGAAAUCUUGUCCGGAUGAUGUCUGUUGAGAGAUCGUUUGAAGCAUGGGAAGAGGUGCAGCGGCACGGGCAGGACUUAGCUGAUAAGCUUGCUCAGGGCUUCACGGGCUUAAUCCAAUCUCAUAUUACUCCACCCUCUUUCCAAUGGCCAAACCCUCCCACGCCCAAGCUGUUUGAAGUCGAGUUCCCAGUGCAGAAAUUUAUGAAAGGGGAUUUUGGGCUGUCGGUGGAUAAUUCCGCUAUUAAUGGGGUGACCGCUAUUUUCGAUAUUGGGAACAGAAUAGGACAGGCUGGGGUAGAGUUUGGAUCUUGUUUGAAUGGUGCGGUUCAUCAGUUUUUUAGGCGGUUGCCCGUGCCUUUCCAUCAUGAUGAGAGUGUUGGGAUGUCUCUAGGUGUGGAAGGACAAGGCCCGAGGGCUAAUGUGGGCAUAACCCUGCAGGAGGAUUUAGGAUCACUUGCAGAGAGAUUUAAGGAUUAUGGGUUCUCUGAAAAUAGUGCCGUAAUUGUGGAGGCCUCGGAGGAGGAUGAGACUGAGACCUUUGGUGUUAAUGCGAAGGCAUUGAAACAUUUGGGCCAGUCGAAGGGUACUGUCAAUGUUACUGCAACCUAUGACAGUAGAACCAGCAAUGUUGAAAGUUCUCUUGUUGCAAAGGGAGAUUUAUGGAGAGUCGAGGCAUCACAAGGAAGCUCGACAUCUAGAAAUGAGAACUCAUCCCUUUUCCUUGUCCAGCUUGGGCCUGUAUUGUUUGUUCGUGAUUCCACUCUUCUCCUGCCUGUCCAUUUGUCAAAGCAACACCUGCUGUGGUAUGGGUAUGAUAGGAAGAAUGGAUUGCAUUCUCUCUGUCCAGCCGUGUGGUCGAAGCACAGAAGGUGGCUAUUGAUGUCAAUGAUCUGCCUCAACCCUUUAGCUUGUAUGAGGACUAUUGAGGAGCUCUGGGAUGACCUCCAUCCUAGCUAUGUGGGUUAUCCAAGCACUUCCUUGUCUUUCAUGGAUUUGCAAUUCCCAAAUGGCCAAGUUACAUAUGUUUCUGGUGAAGGGUUAUCCACUAGUUGCUUUCUGCCCGUCUGUGGAGGGUUGCUUCAAGCACAGGGCCAAUAUCCAGGAGAUAUGAAGUUCAGUUUUUCAUGCAAGAAUAAGUGGGGAACACGCAUAACACCGAUGCUGCAGUGGCCUGAAAAGUCAUUUGCCUUGGGCCUGGAGCAGGCAUUAGCUUGGAAGAGAUCUGGUCUGCUGGUGAGGCCAACAGUCCAAUUCAGUUUAUGCCCAACAUUUGGUGGAAGCUGUCCUGGGCUACGGAUGGAGCUUACCCAUUCUGUGAAGGAGGAAGUUGGCAGGUCGAAGUGGAAUGGAAAUGUCGGCAGCACAGGUGUGGUAUUGAAAGUUGAAACUCCUCUUGGCAACUAUGGCAGGCCUUCCUUUUCUGUUCAGUUGAAUAGUGGUAUUGAGUUUUAAUUUCUUCCUUUUUUUAUUUUUUUCAUUGCUAUUUUUCUUUUGAAUGAUGGAGGAGGAGUGAGGAUGGACAGCAUGUGUAAUUAACCUGUAUAUAUGUACUUCAGUGUAAUUUUGUUCGUUAUAGCGCCUCGGACGUGAAGCAUACUGUACUGUAAUUAGCUAUGCUUGUCGUUUUGUACAAAAAUGUGUCCAUUUGUGCACAUAAUUUCUUGUCGGAAAAUGUGUAAUGUAUGUUUAUCUUAAACUAGUGUGUAGCCCAUGUUAUGCACGGGUAAAUAAUACUAAUAAUCCCAACCUUCAGCGAGUAGGUUCCCCGCCUUCGGUUAUGGGAGUUUGGUUAGAGCAUGAUAUUAUUGGAGUGUCGUAUCCUCGUCGAGUCCUAAUAUAGGCUUAUGGCCUCUUUCAUUGUACCAAAAAAAAUAAUAAUAAUA